GGACAUUAAACGCAACACUUGACUUGAGCAAAUCCUAUUCCUUGUAAUCGUCUCUGCUCGGCUCUGAGGGAUACGGGGAUACUGACAUCAUUCUGUCAUUGGUCAGCGGUGACAGCCUGUAGGGUGGAAUAUAACAUUCAGCCUCACAGAUCAAGCCAGACUGCAUCCUUCCUCUGACGGCGAGACCAGGACAAAGCAGCGAGCGGCCGUUUUCUCCAUCACAACACCGUCAUGGAUUUACGUGUUAUUAUAGAGCAAAUGGAGACCGGAGAGCAAGACAAGGCGCUGGCGGUGUUACAGAGCUUCAAUAAAGAGAUGAGCCAGUGCUUCACAUUCAACAGAGAAGAAGGUCAGGAGAGAAAGCGUCUGGGGGAGCUGGUGCUCAGUUUCCUGAGCAGGGAGUUGCAACCAUCCUGUCUGCUGGCAUGUCUAGAGACGGUUCGAAUCUUGACCAGAGACAAACAAUGUUUGGAUCCAUUCAUCAGCCGCUCAGCUAUGCUCACACUUGCCCACUAUUCUGGUAUUGCCCAUCUUGCUGCACCUUCCCAAGGCCCAUUGGAGGAGAGCAAAGUGGUUGUUGUGGAGAAGGAUGGGAAAGAGGAAGCAGAGGACUCCAGUGUGAUGGUAAAGGAAUCCUCCCCUCCUUCAGAAAACCCUGAUCAAGAAGUGAUUAUAGAGGCUCUCAAGUCCAUCUGUAACAUCCUGUUCCACAGUCAGACAGCACAGGUCAUAGCAGCUGAUCUGCACUUUAUUGAUGGUGUAGCAGAGAGACUGAAGCAAUGCAAUCAUCCCACCUGGAACCCUGAGGUCCGUUUCUUUGACCUGCGACUGACCUUCCUGCUGACUGCCCUGAGGGUGGAUGUCAGGGCACAGCUGGCCCAGGAGCUCCAUGGAAUCAAACUCCUAGGCAACCAGUUGGAAGCAACCCUUUGUCUGUGUUGGCCAGAGUCGCUGGUGACAGCCAGAGCAGGGUAUGAAGGUUUUCCACCCGAGGAACUUCCCCCACUGAGCAGGCAGCAGGCAGAGUUAGCUAUGGAAAUACUGAAAAUACUUUUCAAUAUCACAUUUAACACAAACCGACGCAAGGUUGAUGAGGAAGAGGCAGUAGAGUACAGACACUUGGGCGCUCUCCUGAGACACUGUUUGAUGAGCCGAGCAGACGGAGAGGAGCGGACUGAGGAGUUCCACAGCCAUACUGUGAAUUUACUGGGGAAUCUCCCGCUGCCUUGUUUGGAUGUGCUGUUAUUGCCCAAGGUGGAAAAUGGCUCGAUUGAGUACAUGGGGGUCAACAUGGAUGCUGUGAACAUGCUGCUGGAAUUCAUGGAGAAAAAACUUGAUCGUGGCCAUAAGCUAAAAGAGGCUCUACUCCCAUCUCUAAACUUACUGACUGAGAGUUCCCGCAUCCACCGAGAGACCAGGAAAUUCCUCAGGUCAAAAGUGCUGCCCCCUCUUCGCGAUGUGAAAAACAGGCCAGAAGUCGGCAGUGCUCUCAGGAACAAAUUAGUCCGUCUCAUGACACACAUCGACACCGAUGUCAAGGACUGUGCUGCUGAAUUCCUCUUUGUGCUCUGCAAAGAAAGUGUUUCAAGGUUCAUCAAGUACACUGGAUACGGUAACGCUGCAGGUCUGCUGGCUGCCAGGGGCCUGCUCAGAGGGGGCCGAGACUCUGGGAUCUAUUCUGAAGAUGAAGACUCAGAGACUGAAGAGUACAGAGAGGCAAAGCCGCAUAUAAACCUGAUCACAGGAGUUGUUGAAGAGGAGCAGCCCAACCCAAUGGAGGGAAUGACAGAUGAGCAGAAGGAGUACGAGGCCAUGAAGCUGGUCAACAUGUUUGACAGACUGUCAAGGAUCAAUUUGAUCCAGCCCAUGCAGCUUAAUUCAGGAUGGGAAGAUGACAGAGAUGACCACAGAGGAUCUGAAUAAACUGGCCACCAAUCCGUUGUUCCAGUCACAAGAGCCAUCUGAUCCAGACAGCGAGGAUGAAACCUAGUUAACACACAAGCGUGACAGCAGAUUGAAUCACCUUUCAACCUUUGUGACAACACUGCAGAAAAUUAUAUCAUACAACUUUUACCAUGCUGAUCCACUUAAUUUGAAUGGAAGACAGGUAAAAACAUUUGGCGUUAGUUUAGCAAACAUAAGAAUGCAGCAUGGAGUGUACAGGAGAAAGUUGAAUAAAAACAUUUAUUCAGUUUCAAUAGUAACUGACUACCUACCAAAUAGCACUGGUGUACUGAAGAUACAUACGUUUACAUUGUCCUACAAAUUUGAUUUAGUUUCAUUAUCAAUUGACUUCAGGCUUAAAACCUUCAACCGGUGUUGAUUUUCCAGAAUAAGCAUUCCAGUGACUGUAAAUCAGGAUAAUCCUGCUUCUGGAAAACGCUUUGGUCUUGAUGAAAUCUCUUGUUCACAGAGAAGCAUUUUUCAGAAUGCAAUGCUUUUUAUCAAACAAUGUAUGAUCUUACUUGUAGAGAAAAUGUAUUUAAAAAAUGCUAUUUAGUUUUUUGAUGUGAGAGUCAGCUUUAUUUUUGAAAUGGAAUUUAAUAAAAAUAGGUGGAUGUUAUUUUUCAUGACGCCCCAUAAAUGUUUUAUUUUAAGAAGUGAAAGACCAUUUACUGAUGAAUACGUUCCUGUGUUAGACUUUAAUUGACAUAUUACGCUAUGAGUAUAAUCCAAGAAAAUCUCUGUUUCUUCUUUGUAUUGUAGUUGAAUAGCUGUUUGGACUGUAAAGUACACUGAAUGCAUCUGAAUAAACUCUCUGUCACCAGUA